AUGGCGGUCUCUGAUAGCCUAAAGGUUGCUUCACGGAGAAGUGCGGCCCGUAGGCGGCGGCAGGACAAGCCGGCCAUCUCGGCGCGACUGGUUCUCGAUGACCAGACCAAGAGCGACGUCGGCAUCAUAUCGGAAGAUCUCUUCUCUGACCUCUUUCCACGUCUUCGGGGUGGCACCGAUGAAGACGUACCGGAUCAGAUACACCAUAUAGCACUGUCUCCGUGGUCUCCCAACGCCGUACCGGCCGAGACCCCUUGGUCCAUCGUUCCCGUCGUGAGAUCUUGUACAUUAGCUUAUUCCACGGUGCAGUUUUCUCCGUCGUCUUCGGCUCUUCAGAGCUUUGCCGUUGCACUGCAAGAAUUUGCGCCGUCCAAGCUGUCUAGUCGUAGCCGAAGCGGGAUAGAGAUACUAGUCUUGGAUGUGGCUCCGAUACCACUCGAGACCGUAUUUGUUAGUUUGGAGAGCGAGUCAACAAAACGGCUGGAAAAUGGCGAGGGUACAUUCUUGAGAGAGCAUCUAAAAUAUCCCAGAGGGGAGACUAUUGCCAAAAUGACAGCUGAGGAACGGCUCAUCACUGCCAUCCGAGCGUCUCUUAGCAGUCUCAAAAUUGCGCACGCCGGCGACUUGUUUGCUCUGCCGUUAGCACCACAUCAUGUCACUCAUGUGCCACCAAAUCCGGGCAAAAUUAUACUAUGUGAACCAGUCGCGCAAGGUAUUUUGACGGACCAGACAAAGAUUGUUCUCAUGCGUGGGAGACACACAAGACGCAGGCAACGGCCUGUGUCCAUGGCCACUAGUCAUCGGCUGAAUGGUGUAGGUGAAGAAGAAGACGGCAACACAGACCAAUUUUUCUCAGCCGCAGAAGAGCGUUACCGAACAGAUGCAAGAGCCGACCAGAGCGUAACCGAAACGGAGACGGAACUGUCGGCUACGGAGCAGGAAGAAGAACUGUCCGAUGAUUCAAUGGAUGAAAUGAUCACUCUCGAGGCCCCGAUGUUGUCCACUACGAACACGAGCGGACUUGGCACAAUGCAGCCAGGCACUCCGAUGACGGCUGGAACGCUCCGCGGCAGAAAAGCAAAUGGCGUCACAACACCAGGAUCCGUCUUCUCAAACUUUACUUCAGCUACUGCUCGACCCGAUCGCCCUAGAGGCCGGCUCUUUAGAGCGCAUGGGCUGCUGAAACCGAUCCCCUCUGAUCUGCUUCACCCAAAGCCGGCCCCUGGAGACGAUGAGGAAGCGAGAAUAUAUGUGGACAUGACCUCCUUGCCUAAAAUUGGCUGCUUCUCCGGUGACUGGGCUCGGAUUGAGCUCGCAGAAGAACCACCGUUAAAUGGAUUUGGUGCUUUUGGCCUGGGCAGCUUUGGCAAUGCAAAGCCCGAAGUGUCAGACUGGCGCCCCGUCCGAGUGUAUGGCCUGCCUGAAGGUUAUUCUCAGCGACCGGUCACCCGGAUUCCCAGUUCCCGAGCCGGCGAGAGGAGGAUGUCUUUCUUCGAAUCUCGAAUACAGCGACCUACAAGCCCCGCCGCCUACGCAUCACCUAUUCUGCUUGCCAACUUGGACGGUGCUACGCAUUUGCGCAUCUCGGCUCUUAAACGAUCUGCCUACCAAGGUAAAGGGACUCUGCCUCGCUUUACUAGCGCAUCUCAUCCACCGUACGCGAAAGACAUUGCCAUUCACCAUAUUCGAACUCCAGUCUCAGCUGAAAGAGCUUACCAGACGGCCGUGUUAGGUGGGUUGAAACGGUAUUUCGCUCAGAAAGUUCGCCUCGUGCGGUCAGGAGAUUUGAUUGCAGUGCCAGUAGAUGCUCAACUGGGAAGAGCGCUACAAGAAACUACCGGUGCUGGAGGCUCAGAGGUCGAUGACGUGAUGGCAUUAACAACUGACGAGUCAAGACCGGGCCAGCCGUCCACGCGGAUUGACAGGGUUGCUUGGUUCAAAGUCGGCCAUAUUCAAAUUCAAAAAUCCGACGAAGACCAAGAAGGCACUGCUGAGACCUUUUGGGGCUCGGUAACGUGUAUCGACAGCUCGACUGUUGGUAUGCACGGAUCUGGGUUUGAGACGAGCCGUGUACCAGGAACGGCGCAGAGCUCCUGGCCGUAUUAUCUUGGGUUAAAGAAAGCACCAAGACCGUCACCUGAUGCCAGUCCACUAGCUGUAUCGAAUCAACUGGAAACGUUUGUCUCGCCAUUGAGGCGGCAGCUCCGGCAGCUGCUCGCCGCCGGGACCAGCCCCAGGGCAAUUCAUCUCAAGAUGCCUCCAGUUGCCAUUUUAUUAACAUCCACCCAUCGAAAUAUCGGCAAAGCUACACUGGCCACAGAAGCUUGUGCUGAUAUAGGACUUCAUACGUACACUAUUGACGCCUAUGAUAUCUUGAGUGAAGGAGGGGGGAGUGGAAGUGAUGUCAAGACAGAAGGGUUUCUCCGAACGCGUGCUGAGAGAGCUAGCAGCUGCGGCCCAGACUGCUGUGCUCUUCUUAUUCAACACAUUGAGGCUCUCACCGCCGAUAGGAUCAAAGCCACAAUGAAAGAGAUUCUGGAGGAUACCCGAGUCCUCAUCGCAACCACGAACGAGGUGGAUCAGGUUCCAGACGGUGUUCGAGCUUUGUUCACGCAUGAGUUGGAGAUGGGCGCUCCCGAUGAGUCAGAACGUGAAGCGAUUCUUAGAAACAUAGUCGAUGACCGAGGUGUUUCUCUGGAGCCCACGAUUGACUUGAAUUCAAUCGCGCUGAAGACCGCUGCCUUGGUCGCUGGCGACUUGGUUGAUGUAGUUGAGCGGGCGUCCUUGGCCCAGUCUGCGCGUCUCGAAGCACUUUCGGCCAAGAACACGCGUGGCGAUACUGUUGUCACGGUCCGAGACAUUCAAGUUGCAGGAGGCCCGGCUGCCCGGUCUCUGACCGCUGAGGACUUUGACGUUGCUGUCGAAGCUGCUCGCAAGAAUUUCUCUGAUUCCAUCGGUGCACCCAAAAUUCCCAAUGUUACCUGGGAUGAUGUUGGUGGUCUCAGCAACGUCAAGGAUGCAGUCACCGAAACGAUUCAGUUGCCACUGGAACGGCCUGAACUCUUCGCCAAGGGCAUGAAAAAGAGAUCAGGCAUCCUCUUCUACGGCCCGCCAGGUACUGGCAAGACACUGUUGGCAAAGGCCAUUGCCACAGAAUAUAGUCUCAAUUUUUUCAGUGUCAAGGGACCAGAACUGCUCAAUAUGUACAUUGGUGAGUCUGAGGCCAAUGUACGGAGAGUGUUCCAACGUGCCAGGGAUGCCCGUCCUUGCGUUGUGUUCUUUGACGAACUGGACUCUGUUGCUCCAAAACGAGGUAAUCAGGGCGACAGUGGCGGAGUCAUGGACCGUAUCGUCUCUCAACUUCUGGCGGAACUUGAUGGCAUGUCUGGUGGAGACGAUGCCGGUGGUGUGUUCGUAGUUGGAGCCACCAACAGACCCGAUCUUCUCGAUCCAGCUCUCCUUCGUCCUGGCCGUUUCGACAAGAUGCUUUACCUGGGGGUGUCUGACACCCACGAAAAGCAGCGUACCAUAUUGGAAGCGUUGACACGAAAAUUUACGCUCCACCCUUCAGUUUCGCUUCGGAACGUGGCUCAGCAACUGCCAUUUACGUAUACAGGUGCCGAUUUCUACGCCUUAUGUAGUGACGCAAUGCUCAAAGCAGUCACACGACAAUCGGCCGCCGUGGACGCCAAAGUCCGCGCCAUAAAUGCCGAACGGACGGGUAGAUCUGAAAUCUCAACGGCCUACUUCUUCGACCACUAUGCCACCAAGGAAGAUAUUGCUGUCAUGGUCACUGAGGCGGAUUUUCUAGCCGCCAACAACGAGCUCAUUCCCAGUGUCAGCGCCGGCGAACUAGCACAUUACGAAAAAGUCCGUGCAGCCUUUGAGGGAAGCCGUGAUGCACAGUCCAAGGCCAGCGUCGCCACGGCAGAUAAAAGAGCGUUCGGCAAGGCCAGGGUGAGUGCCAAGACCCAUGGGAAACUGCCUGCAUCAGGUAAGGGUAAGGGCAAAGCUCCUGCGUUAGACGUUGACGGCGAUGACGAAUAUGAUGACGGUUCGGACGCUACGCCCAGCGGCACCAUAAACGGCCGGGUAAAGGGCAAAGGGAAAGCUGUGAUAGGGUUCCAAGAAGGGACUGCUAGUGAUGACGACGGCUUGUAUUAA